CUAAACCCUAUCAGAGGCUGAGAGUUGCAGCCACCACUAUCACCGCCGGCGGUGACAGCCAGCGGUUGCCGUCGUCGCUCUCGAAGGUCUGCUCGUGCUCGGAGCUGUUGGCCUCGCCGUCUUUGUCCUCGUCGUCAUAUCAGACUCAUCAUCAACAAAAGUUCAAAACUCAUUACCCAGCCCCCACCAUCGCCGAAGGCAGCAGCCCCCACCAUCGCCGAACUCCUCUCCUCGGCCGUGGGUACCGUCGCCGCCGGCAUUGUGACAAGUAUAGGGUGUCGUCUCGCAGCCGAACGUCUCUGCCACUCACCCUCUUCUCGCCGUGAAACCUUUGCUCGGAGAUCUUCUCUUGCCGUCGCGAACUGUUCCUGCUCGGCCGUAUUCUCCUCGUCGUCGCGAACUCUGCGCCCAGCGUCACUGUCUUCAAGCUCUCUGUUACCGCCAUGUUCCUCCGAGCUCACACUCUCUUGGAGCUCACUCUGUCACCGCCGUUCCUCCCUCGCCGCCAUGAGGAUGAUGGCUCUGAUUUGGUUGGUUGUGCUCGCACCAGUCAGGUGUAUGUUGAUUUUGAAGUUUGUGGUUGGGCAAUGAGAUUGAGUUCUUGCUGUUUAUAAUAUAUAAUGGGACUCCAUAUCAGACUCGAGAGCAAGCUUAGGAGAGGUGUUGAUAUUAUUGUUGCCACUCCAGGUCUCGUCAAGGCGACUGUUAGAACAGGUAAAUGAACAAGGCAUGUUGUUGUGCAACAGAGGCUCUUGCACUCUCUGCGCUCCAAAAAUGCAGCACCGUCACGUCACUCAGAGAGGCGCGUCAACUUCAUGCCCUCGUUGUCACCACCACCACCACCACCCUCUUAAGCUCCAAAUCUCCCUUUCUCUACAACAACAUCAUCUCUAUGUAUGCACGAUGCGGUUCUCUCACCGACUCUCACGUAUUGUUCGACAAAAUGCCUCACAAAACGCUUGUUUCUUACAAUGCGCUUCUUUCUGCUUAUUCUCGGGCCCCAGGCCAUGCCGUUUCCGCCCUCAAACUUUAUACCCAGAUGGGUUUUAUGGCCGUCAGGCCCAGCAGCAAGACCUUCACAAGCUUGCUGCAAGCUUCUUCGUUGCUUGAAGAUUGGUGGUUUGGGUCUUUGCUUCAUGCCCAGGGUAUAAAGUUUGGUUUUUUGAGUAAUAUUUGUGUCCAAACUUCUUUGCUUAAUAUGUACUCAAAUUGCGGGGAUUUGGGUUCUGCUGAAAUGGUCUUUGGGAACAUGGGUGACAGAGACGAUGUUGCAUGGAAUUCUUUGAUUAUUGGCUAUCUGAAGAAUAAUAAGAUCAAGGAAGGUCUUCGUCUUUUUUCUGCAAUGCUGAGGGAUGGUUUUGUCCCUACCCAGUUCACAUAUUCUAUGAUUUUGAGCGCAUGUAGUCGUCUGAAGGGUUAUCAAUAUGGGAUAUUGAUUCAUGGCCAUCUGAUCGUUAGGAACGUCUCAUGUGAUUUGCAUAUGCAGAAUGCUCUUCUUGACAUGUACUGCAAUGCUGGCAAUACACAAACAGCAGAUAAGAUGUUUUGUGGAAUGGAAAACCCGGAUUUAGUUUCUUGGAAUUCAAUGAUUGCUGGUUAUUCUGAGAAUGAAGAUGGGAAGAAGGCUAUGAGUUUGUUUGUCCGGUUGCAGGAAUUUUGUUUUCCUAAACCAGAUGAUUAUACCUAUGCCGGCAUCAUAUCUGCAACCGGAGCAUUUCCAUGUUCCAGUUAUGGAAAGCCUCUUCAUGCUCAGGUUAUCAAAGCAGGAUUAGAGAGAAGUGUUUUUGUUGGAAGUACUUUAGUGUCUAUGUAUUUUAAAAAUUGUGAAAUCGAAGCUGCUCAAGGAGUAUUUAAUUCGGUCUCCAGGAAGGAUGUUGUUCUCUGGACUGAAAUAAUCAUUGGUUAUUCUAAGACGGAUGGAAUGAGCGCCAUCAAAUGCUUCUCUGAAAUGUUUCACAAAGCCCAAGGCAUCGAUGAUUAUGUUCUCAGUGCAGUUUUGAGCGCCUGCGCUGAUCUUGCCGUUUUAAGACAAGGUGAAAUGAUUCAUUGCUACGCUGUUAAACUGGGCUAUGGUGUUGAAAUGUCUGUUUCUGGGAGUCUAAUCGAUAUGUAUGCCAAGAAUGGUUGCCUUGAAGAUGCAUAUUGUGUAUUUUCUCAUGUUUCAGAUCCAGAUUUGAAGUGUUGGAACUCAAUGCUUGGAGGAUAUAGUCUCCAUGGAAUGGUGGAGGAAGCAUUUAAAUUAUUUGAGGAGAUUCUCGAACAAGGUCUCAUCCCAGAUCAAGUAACGUUCUUGUCUCUGUUGUCUGCAUGCAGCCACUGUAGGUUGGUUGAGCAGGGAAGAUUCCUCUGGAAUUAUAUGAACAGCAUUGCUUUAGUUCCAGGGCCUAAGCACUACUCUUGCAUGGUAUCUCUGUUGAGCCGGGCAGCAUUACUGGAAGAGGCAGAGGAAAUUAUCAUUAAAUCACCUUAUGUUGAAGAUAAUCUUGAACUAUGGAGAACUUUGCUAAGCGCCUCUGUUAUCAAUAAAAAUUUGAAAGUAGGAGUUCAUGCAGCUGAGGAAGUUUUGAGGUUGGAUGCAAAUGAUGGUCCAACACUUGUCUUGCUUUCGAAUCUAUAUGCCUCAGCAGGGCAGUGGGAUAAAGUUGCAGAGACUAGAAGAAAUAUGAAGGGAUUGCUGGUUGAGAAAAGUACAGGGUUAAGUUGGAUUGAGGCCAAGAACAACAUUCAUGCAUUCUCUUCAGGUGAUCAAUCACACCCCAUGGCUGAUGAGGUGCAGGCUGAACUGUACAGACUGAAAAUAAAUAUGGUCGGAACAGAAAUUGAUGAACAUGAGGCACAAAAUGCAUAUGCUACAUAAGUUGCAGCGGCUAAGCAUGUUGUGGAUGUGGAAUUUAAGUAAAAUAAAAUAUUAAUUGUGUAUAGAGAAACUGAACUUAUAGUUAGGGGGAACAGAACGACAAGUUUCUACAGAUAGAACGAUAGUUUGAUAUUUUCCAUCUCCCCUUUGCACUCUAGAGUCUAGAAUAUAGAUGUUUCCUAUAUGGUGUCCCACUGGAAAAUUAUUACAUGCUCCUCAGUCCACGAAGUAUUAUGUGAAAUCUGAGAUUCUGACCCAUAUGUUAGUUGAGUAAUAUUUCAAUCAUUAACUACCUAGAGUAUUAUUGUUCUCUCGUAUGGAAAUGGAGUUAUUCUUAACUUGCACAUUUUUUGUUACAUUAAUACAUCACCGACUUGUGGU